AUGGCUCAAGAGAUAGUUGAUUUAGUAAAGGGUGAAAACAUGAAUAACAAUGGGGAAGACUUUGGAUUUUACAAUGCCUUACCCGAGACUCAAGAUCCCAUUGGAUUAGAAUUAGGGCUCUACAACAUACCAGAGCCCAUCAACAAAGAAGAUUUUGGAAUCCUAACAACGACCUUAGAUGGGAUCAUUAACAUCCUAAGAGCCUUCAGGGAAGAAGUCACAAACGAAUUUGGUGCCAUGGGAGGAAAACUGGCUAAGCUGGAAGUCAAAAUAAGUCAAUUUGAGGACAAGAUGAAAUCAAGUACCAAACCAAAGGACCAUGAAAAACCAAAAGGUCCGAAGAAAAGUAAGGAAACCAACCCUUGCUUUAUUUGUAAAGAACUGGGUCAUUGGGCUCCAGACUGUCCCAGAAAAGAGCGAGAUUUGUGUUUUAAAUGCGGUCAACCCGGACACUGGGCAAAUGAAUGCCUAUACAAAGAUGACGACCAGGAAUUUCUGAGAGAGGUCGAGAAAACUGAAAAAAAGAGAAGUGAAAAUACAGACAGUCAUAACCCUCAGAAAAAGCCGCAUGGGACAGCUGUUGCAACCAUACAUGAAAACCCAGGACCCAGUCAAACCAAGGAAAACAAACCACCCACUGUGGCCCAGGUAAAUAAACCAAAGAAGAGAGUUCAACCUCCCAUCCAAGUCUCCUCUGUCGAGCCGCCUAAGAAGAAGAAAAGCUUAAAAUUGCAGAAAAAAGUGAAAAAUUAA